UUUCUUACUUGUGGCAGCUAACAUUUAUAUAUGCAGAGCAUGUUAUCUGAAUCUCCCCUUAGCCUUUUCUUCAGUACAUUAGACAACCCUAGCUCUUUCAGUCUUCUCCUGCUUGUAACUUGCUUGCAAUUUCUCUGUGUCUUUCCUGAUAAUAGUAUGGUUUGGCUGGAAGGGACUUGAGAAUCCUCUAGGUCCAACCCCUCUGCCAAGGACAGGGAUGCAAUUCACUAGACCAGGUUGCUGAAGGCCCCAUCCAACCAGACGGUGAACACUUCCAGAGAUGAGGCAUCAGCAGCUUCUCUGGACAGCCUAUUCCAGUCUUUCACCACCAUCUGAGUAAAGAUUUUCAUGCUAACAUCUAAUCUAAACUCAACCUCUUUCAGUGUAAAACCAUUGCCCCUUGUCUUGUCACUGUCUGCCUGUAUAAAAUGUCUCUCUCCCUCCUUUUUAUACACCACCUUAAGCUUUUGGAAGUCUGCAGUGAGGUCCCCUGGAACCUUCUCCAUGUUGAUCUCUCACUAAGUGGACUGGGUCUGUGUAGAAUACCAAAGCAUGGGCAGUCAGGCUACAGUCUUGUAGCCAAAAACCAAGAGCAGUAGUAAGACUGUGGGUGUUUUCCCCAUCCCAUUUGCAAGUUCUGUUCAUAGUUACACAUCACAGCUUUUUGCCAUCAUGGCUUGAUAUUGUUAACAUGUUUAGAUUGCUAUCAUAAUUUCUCCGUUUUUCCUUUCACCUUUCUUUGUCUGCUCUGCACCAGAUUUGAAUUUAGAACUGUUACCCAACCUGCUUUUCCCCAUCUUGUGUUAUUUCUACCUAGGUGUCAGAACUUGGUGUUUGACAGUUUUUUCCCCCUCUAAGGCAUUUCUGUAAUUUUGGUCUCUAUGUUAAACUUGUCCUCCAACAAGGUGGCAGCAUUUUUCAGCCAGAUGUCAUCUGCAAAUUUAAUAAAUGUACUCUCUAAUUGCUAGAAAUAAUUAAUGAAAGUGCUGCAUGAUACUGGCCUUUACUUACAUUUUGGUAUCUAAUACUUCUUUUUACUUUUCAGGGAACAAUUGAUUAACAUUUGAGUACAAUUUUCCUGUGUCUUGCAGUGCUUUUGUUUAGACUGUGUUCUGGGAGCUUUUACAUAACAUCAGGUAGAAAAGUCAAGGUACAUGAUGUUUUCUACCCUAAUACCUGAUAUUAAACUGAAAACGGAUAUUUUUUUCUGUCCAGUACCCAGGUCAGGCACAAUUUCUCCUUGACAGACACUUCUCUGUUACUUACCUAGCCAUUAUUCUAUUGACUCAGACAAACAAAAGUAAUAUAUUCACUGUGUUUUUGAAAUAACUUGAAUUAAACAGGGCAUUUAUUAUUUACUUGGUUCUGUUUAAUUUCUUAAAGAAUACAGUCUUAAGGAUUCCCUUAUUAAAUAUUCCAGGAAUAUAGUCCAUGCCAGAAAGUUGCUGAUGGACAAAGAAUUGGAAAAACCAAAACACAAUAUCCUUAGGCUCCUCAUAUUUACAGAUAGGCUUUAAUGUGGGAGUGAGAUGCAUACUCUUCACUAGUUUAUGUCUAAUAAAUUACUAAUGCCUCAGUCCUGCUCCCUAGGAGAUGCAAAGGCAGCAGCAGGACAACCUGCCUGGGGCAUGCAGGUGACAGUAGCCGGGGCAAGUGGCUCCCCUGCACAACCCCUGUUGCCCCCCAGACCCUCUCCUGACCAGGGGGAAGCCGUACCCUCAGUGAGCAGUGAACUCUGCAGGUAACAUCCCUCUGCUCCAGGCAGGUUCUCCAGCUGUACCAGUGCCCCUGCAUGGAGGAUGCUGGUUUUCCAACCAUUCUUGCCUGUGCCUGCUCCAACUCAAGAGCAACACGGAUGCAGGCAUGCUAUCAGAGUUUUGAAACUCAAGGGCUUCGUGGUAUUUAGAAUUAUGAUCACUUUAGGUAAAGAAAUGUCACUUUUAGAUGAAGAUAAGAAACCUGGAUGCAAUAUUUCAUGCUGAACUUUUUGUAUGGGAGAUAUUGCAAACCUUACAUUCUGUUCAUCAUCUCUGUAACAGCCAUGAUUUUAAAGGCUUGAGAUACUAUAUUUAGUACAGGAAAAAAUCCCAACCAAUCUAGUAACCAGAGGAGUUUUCUUCACAAGAGGCGUGGACCCAGUUCAGGCUAUGGAGAAGGUAUGUGGGACUCUCACCACUGGCUGGUAAUUCUGCUUCUUGGAUGUUUUUCCUGAACGAAAACUGGUUCACAGCAGUGCAAAAGGGUCAAGUGUCAGAACACACAGGAAUAGGUCUGACAUUAUGACAGCUGAGCAAUAUACCAUGAUGUACUUCAGGUAAAUCUUGAGAAGACUUAGUGGGGAAAAAAGAAGAACUCUGAAGAAUCCACAGUAUUGGCUUGGGUUUGCAAGGGGCCUCUAUGGUUCAUCUGUCGGGAGCCAGCAAUGGAGAAAACUCAGUAGGUUAUUUCACCCUUUCUGGAGAAAUUUCUUUCUUCAGCAUGUUACUGACUUGCUUAUUUCUACUGGCAAAACCUAUGCCUGUAAUUGUUAUUUCACUGGGUGAGUAUUCUAGGUACUAAAAGUUGUUCUGUCUAAAUAACUACACAUUUUAUGUGCAGGAAGUGACAGUGAGUCCUCUCAAAAUAAUUCUUUUUUUACCCUCUUCAAUGUAUCUAUCCACAAAGAAUCUCGUUCUGAAAUGAUGAGGAAAGGAGCCCAAAUUGCCAUAGCAGUAAUUCCUAAAUUGCUGUCUUUAGGGAUCUCUUUUUCCACUACGUAGCCAUGUGGUACAUUUUCAGGAGCCUAAAUAGACCCAUUCUACCCUUUUAAACACAAAAAAAGAUGUUCCACUAUUUUUAUAAAUAUGUUGCAGUUAGGAAGCAGGUAUGAUUUAGUUUCAAAUGCUGCUGGUAGAAUUGGCAGUUUAAUUAAAGAAAAUGUUUGUGCAACUUACUAGACUAAAGGACACAGUAUUUAAUUUCACUCUGUGAGACAGAAAAAUACUUUAUUUAAUUAAGUGUAGCCUGCUGGGAAGGUAAACUUGCAAGAGAUAUUAAAUAAUUUACUGCAGUUCUGUGAAAAUAUAAUUCUUGAUUCUACAGAUAGAGAUUGUAGAUUUUUCAGAGAAAACCUUGUAUAAAUUCUGUGUGUCGAUUAUGAGUCUAUCCAUUACUAAUUUAUUUCUAUAAGUUGAUUCACUAUGAAUAAGCAAAAUAGAACAAGAAGCUAUGCUUCUCUCUUGCAGACAUGUUUAACCAUACAGAAGAGGAACAAAACCAGGGAUACUGAACAGAGACUUUUAAUGUGGACAAACAGUGCUAAAUAAGCUGAAUAAAUAUAAAUAUAACAGAAGGCUGACAAGAAGAUCCUAAACAAAGAGGGUUGAUCUGCUGAAAUAUCUUGGAGGUUUUUAAAAUGAGAGAAAUUAGUUCAAGUACAUGGGAAAACAUAUGCAGAGUUCUGGAUGCAGGUGUUGGAAGAACCAGGUGAACGGAGUAGUCAUGGAGUCCAGUUGAAGCUGCAAGCACUAAACCCAGCAGCUGGAUCACAGUAAAGGAUUUGAAUCAAAGACAUCAAGAUUGAGUCAUGGCAAGUUGAUUUUUGAUCACUAAGAAAACCUACAGAAUUUGUGAAGGCAAGAAAAAAAGAUUCUGUGGAAAAGAUGUGUCCUUUAGUUUGCUUUGCUCUGAACUCAGGGAACCUGGAUGUGGGUGUUAAAUGAGGAAUAUAUCCUCUGAAGUCAUCUGUGACUCUAUGGAAGACCAUGUUUCUGGAGCUGGCACCAGGUGUCCCCUGGGCUACUUUCCAUGUGGGAAUAUCACAAAGUGUUUGCCCCAGCAGCUGCACUGCAAUGGUGAGGAUGACUGUGGCAAUCGGGCUGACGAAGACAACUGUGAGGACAACAAUGGAUGGUCUCUGCAAUUUGAUAAACAUUAUACAAAGGACAAAUACAAUAAACUGAAAUCUCUGUAUGCAUUUCAGACAAAGACACCUGAGUGCUUGGCUGGUGAUGUGCCAGCAGAGUGUACCUGCCAAGGCCUGGAGGUUUUCUGUGAUGCUGCCAAACUACGUGCUGUCCCAUCAGUCUCUUCAAACAUAACCAUAAUGUCUCUUCAGAGGAAUCUGCUAAGGAAACUUUCUGCUGAUGUUUUCAAGAAAUACCAAGAUCUUAAAAAUCUGUAUCUUCAGAAUAAUAAAAUCAGAGCCAUAUCUGAACGUGCUUUCAAAGGUUUAUACAACUUGACAAAACUAUACCUGAGCAACAAUAAGAUAACAAAUUUGGAGCCUUUUGUCUUUGCAGACCUUCACAGACUUGAAUGGCUGAUAAUUGAAAACAACAGGAUAAAUCGGAUCUACCCAUUAACAUUCUAUGGACUCAAAUCCCUUAUUCUUCUAGAGAUGAUGAAUAAUUCUCUUGCUCGUUUGCCUGAUAAACCUCUGUGCCAAUACAUGCCAAGAUUAAACUGGCUAGACCUGGAAGGCAACCAUAUCCAUCAUGUGAAAAAUGCCACUUUCAUGUCCUGCAGCACUCUAACUGUACUGGUGAUGAGACGUAAUAAAAUCAGCUCCCUAAAUGAAAACAGCUUUUCUUCUCUCCAGAUGUUAGAUGAAUUAGAUUUGGCUAGCAACAAGAUUGAAUCACUUCCUCCAUAUAUAUUUAAGGAACUAAAGGAGCUUUCACAACUGAACCUUUCUUACAACCCCAUCAAGAAAAUACAAAUAGACCAGUUUGAUUUUCUAAUUAAACUCAAAUCCCUCAGCUUGGAGGGCAUUGAAAUUGCGAACAUCCAGAGGAGAAUGUUCAGUCCCCUGAGAAACCUUUCCCACAUAUAUUUUAAGAAAUUCCAGUACUGUGGGUAUGCUCCUCACGUGCGCAGCUGCAAACCCAACACUGAUGGGAUCUCCUCCCUCGAGAAUCUUUUAGCUAGCAUCAUACAGAGAGUGUUUGUCUGGGUUGUAUCUGCCAUUACCUGCUUUGGAAACAUUUUUGUUAUCUGCAUGAGGCCUUACAUCAGAUCGGAGAACAAGCUGCAUGCCAUCUCCAUAAUGUCUCUCUGCUGUGCUGACUGUCUGAUGGGAAUAUAUUUAUUUGUGAUUGGAGCUUUUGAUCUUAAAUAUCGUGGAGAAUACAACAAGCACGCUCAGUUGUGGAUGGACAGUAUUCACUGUCAAUUGGUUGGAUCGCUGGCUAUUCUGUCUACAGAGGUGUCAGUCUUACUCUUGACUUAUCUGACUUUGGAAAAAUACAUCUGCAUAGUUUAUCCUUUUAGGUGUCUGAAGCCCAGAAAAGGCAGGACAAUUUCCAUUUUGGUUCUUAUCUGGAUAAUUGGGUUUGCUGUUGCUUUUAUCCCACUGAGCAAUAAGGAAUUUUUCAGGAACUACUAUGGCACCAAUGGCGUCUGUUUUCCUCUUCACUCAGAACAAUCAGAAAGUUCAGGAAGUCAGAUUUAUUCUGUUGUCAUUUUCUUAGGUGUAAACUUGGCAGCUUUUAUCAUCAUUGUGUUUUCCUAUGGGAGUAUGUUCUACAGUGUUCACCAGACAGCUAUUAUGGCUACUGAAAUUCGGAAUCAUAUUAAAAAAGAGAUGAUCCUUGCUAAACGUUUUUUCUUCAUUGUAUUUACUGAUGCACUAUGUUGGAUACCUAUUUUUAUUUUGAAACUCCUUUCUUUACUUCGAGUAGAAAUACCAGGUACCAUAACUUCUUGGGUGGUGAUUUUUAUACUGCCAAUAAAUAGCGCUUUGAAUCCUCUUCUCUACACUUUGACCACACGACCUUUCAAAGAAAUGAUUCAUCAGGUUUGGUACAACUACAGACAGAGAAGAUCCAAAAGAGGUAAAGGCAGCCAGAAACCAUACGGUCCAUCAUUCAUUUGGGUAGAGAUGUGGCCAAUGCAUGAAAUCACGCCAAAGGUUACGAAGCCUGUGCUUUGUACAGACUCUUCUGAUGCUUCAGUGACUACACAGUCAACAAGACUAAAUUCAUACACGUAAUUACAGUUUGAGUCCUCACGGUGACAUCGGCACUGUUAGCUUCACAUCCGUGGGCUUGCUGCUUUACAGCCACGAGGAAAAGGAGGGAGGUGUGACACCAGGGCUCAGUGAACCACUGUGCCAAGAAGAGGGAGCCAUGUGUCUGUUUACAGGUAGAACUGGCACUUUACCAUCUCACAGCAGUACCCAACAUUUUGACAGUUCAUCCUAGAUCAGAAUGAGAAAUCAGUUGUUUGGGGCUUUUUUUCUUCCAGAAGCCGAGUGUGGAAAAAAAAAAUGAAUUGUCAUUUGAAACAUCUCACCCUGAAAGCAGAUUGUUUGAAAAUCAUCUAUUUUUGGGGAAGUGUGUGUGUGUCUAUGUGUGUGUCUGUCUGUCUUUUCUUUUUUCUUCUUGUAAGUUCCCAUUUCAACAGCUGAUUUUUUAAAGAGUUAAUUGGUUUCCUCAUUAAGAAAUGUAUUUCUCCUCAAAGUUUCUGACUGGCUCUAUUUAGGCUGCAUCAUCUCUUAAAAAGCUUUAAGGAGCAAUAGCUGUAAGAAAAACAUUCAAAUUUCAUAAUUACGUCAGUUUACUGUAUUUGUCAAGGCCAAAGAAGAGAAAAUUAUAUUUAUUUUAUAAAUUUACAGACUAUUUCACCCACGUAAAGGCAAUAGUGAAAUGGUAAUGAUAGUUCUAAUGCAGUCGCCAGGUUGGACAAGGCCUUGAUCAGUCUGAUCUUCUGGGAGGUGUCCCUGCCCAUGGCAGGGAGAGGCUGGGGCUAGAUGAUCUUCAAGAUUCCAAUUCAGGCAGAACCAGAACUGUGGUGAAGACAAAAAUAAAAAGGAGAGGUUUGGUUUGGUUGUUGUUGUUUGUCCUGUGUCCCCCAGCUUUAACUGGUGGCAGUUUCCCCGUUCUCACUCUGGAAAGACUGGACUGAGUAUCCCAGCACCUUGCUGCUGCUCUUUUCCUCCUUUUCUUAACAGGCUACCCAAAGUAGCUCACCACAGCUUGCAGACUUCAACAAAUUCCAGUCUUAAAAGGUCUCUCUAUGUAUAAGGGAGAUGGUCAAAUAGAAAAUUAUCCAUCUUAAUAGGUGUCAUGACAUCUACAUUUUAAUCACUUUAUACAUGACUGGAUGCAUUAUAGCUAAAGUAAUUUAAAGACCACAGCCAUUCAGCACUUUUUGAAGCAUUAUUUUACUUCCCAGAAUUACAAGUGUAAAAUAAAAAAUAUCCCAUCUGAAAAAAUCCCCUAGAGGCAGUUCCUUCAUACGUUCUUACUGAAAAUAAUCUUUUCUAUUAUGAAUUAUUACAACUUCCCUUCUUCUUUCAGUACCGUAUUCAGUCUGAUGGCCUAGAAGCCCAAAAAGGUAAAAAAGCUUUUUUUUGCAUUGAUUUGAAACUAUUUAAAAUUAAGUUAAAAGAUACUUCCAAUGUUUGCACUUAACUUCUUAGCAGUAUAAGAAGUAGAAUUUUGAAAAAGUGUGGCUCACACUUCAAUCGUUUACAGAACUUUGGAUUAUCUUUGGAUUUGAAACUGAAGAUUGUUAAGCAUCUUGUUUCCACUACUGUGUGUUCUACUGAAAUAAAAUAUUAUCUGCUGAACAAAACGACUUCUUUUCCAAGCUGUUUAGCAACGUUUCGGGUUGUAGGGGUUAAAAACACCUAAGCAAAAUCCUGCC